UGAUGUCCACCUAGGAUGAUACAGUGAAAAGUUCCCAACCUUGAUCACCUGUUUUUUGAAUUUCCCCUUUUUAAGGCUGCUGAAACUUGCAACGAAGGCUUAUUCAUAAACAGUAUGUGGCUUUACACAAUCAGCAGAUGCGUAGAAAUGUUUAUGUACCUACGAUAACAGCAGUACGUUAUUGAAACUUUAGUUUUUAUGUAUAAAUUGAAAGAAAGCAGAAAUAUGGUAGGCGCUACUGUCUUCUUACCUUUCACUUGGCUGGUUGUGCUGUUUUAACUCGCAUUCGCUUUUAAUGUGUGGUAGUUUCUGUGUGAACUGCAUACAGUUUACAGUGUAGAAUCAAACUCCUCCAAUAAAAUUAGUUUUGAUUCCAGAGAAAAAAUUUUGGUUUUCUCCUUGCAGAAUAUUCUACUGAUUUCUAAUGUCAGCUUUAUCCUGAAUCAUGAUGCAUGCAAGUUUGGAGAAAAUUUGUAAAAUACAAUGACACAAUUUCUACUAGCAAAAGAAUGGGGAAGACCUGCAUCAAGUGUUAGUAAGAGUGUUUCUUCCCUUCAUCUCUCUGGUAAGGAAAAAUCUGCGAAGCCUCCAAGAAGGCUGUCUGUUUCCUCCAAGCCAAUUGCCAGCCCGGCUUCUAGACCACUUGGUACUAUAACUCCCAUUUCUGAGACUAGAGCAAAGAGAUCAACUAGUAACCAAGGAAAAUCAGAUGCACCAUUUUCAAAUGCUUCAAAGUCCUCAAUUAGAAGGAAAUAUGACCUUAUAUCCUCAGCUUCCUAUUGGCUAUCACAGAUUAAGCUUUCAGAAUCUGCUGCUAAGCAUUCAAUUUCCCUUGGCUUUUUCAGACUUGCUUUGGAGGCUGGCUCUGAGCCUUUUCAACGUUUGAGAGAUGAGCUGAAAUCUUAUGUGCAACGACACAGCCUUGUGGAACUUGAGGAGCCAGUGAAACAAUUGUUUGAUAGCUAUAACAUUCUACAAAAUUCUCAGCCAUUGCAAGUCUCUGAGACUUGCACUCAUGCGCCUAAAGAAGAGACAUGUUCAUCUAAUGAUGACAUACAUUGCUCUUCUUCUGUUGCCAACACUAAGAGAAAGCUAUCCAGAGUCUUGAAUAAAGAUUCAACUAAAACUGCACUAGUUAAAGAACCAAUCAAGGAGAAGACUCCAAAGAUUGGAAGCACGCCUAGGACCCGGAAUUCUGUAAACAAAAUUGCUGCAACUGCUACAUCUACACAAAAAGCUGGAAGUCGUACCACAAAAGAGAAACUUCAAAAACUUGUUAAGCCAGAACCAAAUAAGGAUAAGGUGAAAAGACAGGGAAGGAGAUCUGCUCAAGGAGAAGGGCCUGAUAAUGCCUGCACUUCAGAGAAAGUCCUCCAAGAAGAUAAAGAAAAUCUGGAUGCUCCACAAACAGAAGUGAUUAGCACCUGAAAUUUUUAGCAGGAAGCUUUUCUUUUAGUAUAUCAUGUCCGAUGCCAAAAUUCAAGUGUCUGGAUCUGAAGUCUGCAUUCCAAAAUAUUGUAUUUGGUGUGUUUGUUUGUUUCUUUUUCUUUCCUUUCCCUCUUUUUUAAUUUAACCAAAGUCAUUAUACAGCUGUCUAGUUUCGCAUUGGCAUUCAUGCUAGACGUACAGUGUUCUUUUAUUCAACAGUUUCUAGGCUUUUGCAGUUGAAUACUACUUGGAAGUAGUUAAUAUAUAUUACCUGUGAUGUAGGCAUUAUGAUUGUCAUCUGAAUCACAGUGUAUUGAAUUAGCUUUUGAUUCAA